CCGACUUCUCCAUUGCGCCCAACGAGCAAAAAACGAACAUCGCCCGAUCGAGUCUGGCUCAGUUCGGCAUUGCCAGCACUUCAUUGUCUCUGCAUUCGCCACCACGCUGAAGGCAGGGCCCCGCGGCAGCCUCGUCAGGGCCAUGGCGAUGAUGAACGCGGAACUCAAGCCGCGGUCAUCUCUGAUCUUCUCCUCGUCUCCGUCCCAAUCUCAUGCAACGCCUCUUCCGCACUUCGGCCCCCGUCUGGGCGAGGUUAACGUGCAGCGUCAAGAGGGUGCGGCGCGGAUUGCGAUCAAGACGCCGGGCAUGAUGACGGCCACAUCGCGCGGGGUUGUACCGCACCUCUCGCGCGAUCACGUCCGGCUUACGAGGGCGAUCUGCUGGGUGCAUGUCCCCUUCGAAACAUUCCUAGAACAUAAUCCGCCGCUCCCAAUAACACAGCCAGGACCGCGACCGCUGCAUCAGUUCCUCGGGUUCUCACCAGCCGACCAUGUGCUGUCCGUGUCUGCACGGGAUCCGUUUGACGGGAGGGACAUGCCUGCCAAUAACAAAGACUAUGUUGCGACGUAUUGCAUUCGCGGCGUGCGGAAGCUGACUCCAGAAGUGUGGGCGCAAUACGACGCUGCGUGCAACCCAGACAUCAUCACCGCUCUCUCUGACACGCCCUUCACGUCUGCGCCUCACUCCAAUAAACGUACACACAAGUCUCUCGAACGAUCCACGGCGUGGCUCGCGAACCUGCUUCAUUCUGUUGCUGCCCGACGGAGAGAGGUUGGGUCAGACGGGGAGCCGCUAACGGGUUCCCUCAGCAAUGUCCUCGUGCACAUGGCCGGCGGAGCGGUCGUUCAAGCGCGGAAGGCGUUCGCGGAAGGGCUCAUGGAGGACCUCGAGGAGUUCAAGGCAGUAAAUCCGAGUCCGUACCGGCGGCUCGACGACGGCGUCGCGGGCUAUGUAUUCGACCUCGUGCCCCUCCGCGCGGCCCUCUCUGCGCGGUCCAAGGCCGCGGACGAAGACCUCGGGGAUGACGCUGACACACUGAAGCCUCGCGGGGCAAUCAAUACGCUCACUCCGACGUCCAGCGCUGAUACCAGUGCUAUGGACCCAGCGGCGCUGAGCGAGGUUCUCCGGGCGUCACUGCAGCCCCUGCCGACGCACAAGCCUCGCCUCGUCAAUUCUGCGAGGUCCCCCCACGAGAUGCUCCGGCUCGUACGGGAUGUUGGCAUAGACCUGUUUGACGCACACUGGGCGCAGCGCGCCGCAGACAUCGGCGUCGCGCUGGACUUCGCGUUCCCCGUCGCUCUGGGGGAUACGCAGCCUGUGGAUGCCAGAGUUGCUGGUAGCCCCAGGACGAAGGUGCGUCCCGGCGAAAAGAUGGAUUUGGGGCACAACUUGUAUAGCGGCGACUACGCCCACGACCACUCGCGCCUUGCUGCGAACUUCCUCGACGGCCGCUCACACGCGCAGCAAACGGCGGAGGGCUCGCCGGACGCCAGACCCGUCUGUCCUUGUGGUGCAUGUUCCCCCCGGAGCCCCGGGACGCACAUACUGCACAGCGCUCUAGACCGGACGUCAUGGGAGGGUCAGGCGGGAGCAGACACUCUCGAGCCGCCGUUCAUGCGAUCGUACGUGCACCAUCUCCUGCACACGCACGAGAUGUCUGCGCAUUCGCUGCUCGUCAUGCACAACCUCUCCGUGCUGGACGCGUUCUUCGUGGGCAUACGGAGCGUGCUUGAACAUGCGGGCACGGAGGAGUUCAAUCGACAGGUAGACUUGUUCUUGGAGACUUAUGACGAGGAGAUGGUGCUUUUCGACGAGGCGAAGGUAGACUGGGUGCAGGUCGAGAUGGCGCGGGGGAAGGGCAGGCUGGCGAGGGAGAAGAUCAAGCAGGCGGAGUCAAGCUUGGGUACAUCGGUCGAUGUAUAGAGGUCGAGGCCUGUCUUCACAUCUAGCCAGGCUGAACAUUGUGCUGUGGUAUCAAGAGUCGUAUAAUUGUCGAAAUUCGCUCAAUAGGGCCUCCAUGGUGCUACAUU